UCAGGGACAAAGUCUCCGCUCCAGCCGCUCUGAGCACUCUCCCUCCCUCUGCCCCUCAGGGUGCCGGUGCCGCCAUGGGGGAAUGGGCUUUCCUGGGCUCUCUGCUGGACUCGGUGCAGCUGCAGUCUCCCCUGGUGGGCCGCCUGUGGCUGGUGGUGAUGCUGAUUUUCCGAAUCCUGGUCUUGGCCACGGUGGGAGGUGCCGUGUUCGAGGAUGAGCAGGAGGAGUUCGUGUGCAACACGCUGCAGCCCGGGUGCCGCCAGGCUUGCUACGACCGGGCCUUCCCCAUCUCCCAUUACCGCUUCUGGCUCUUCCACAUCCUGCUGCUCUCUGCUCCCCCCGUGCUGUUUGUCAUAUACUCCAUGCACCAAGCCAGCAAGUGCCCGGGACCCCCAGGGGAUGGCGAGAGGGAGCAGGAGGAAGGGGAUGGCGGCCACGGGCAGCACCUGGCGGGGCCCCGGGCCUGCCACUGCUACCUGCUGAGCGUAGCGCUGCGCCUGCUGGCCGAGCUCGGCUUCCUGACGGGGCAGACGCUGCUGUACGGCUUCCAGGUGGCACCCCACUUUCUGUGCACCCAGACCCCGUGCCCCCACACCGUGGACUGCUUUGUCAGCCGGCCCACAGAAAAGACGGUCUUUGUGGUCUUCUACUUUGCAGUGGGGCUUCUCUCGACCCUGCUCAGCGUGGUCGAGCUGCUCCACCUCUUCUGGAAGGGGCGACGGAGCCGGGACAAAAGUCUCCUGUGGUCAGGCAAGGGGGGCACACUUGAGAAAGACAACCAUUGUAACCAGGAGCAGGAAGAAGCCCAGAAGCUUCUGCUGCCACUCUCCCCACCCCGAAGGGCCUCUACCCUGGGUCCUGCUCUGGAUGCCCCACCUGCCUAUGCCCACAAGCUGCCGCAGGGGGCCGGCAGCGAGGGCGGCAGCAGCAGGAGCAAGCCCUCACUGUCCAUGGUCAGAGAGGACCUCGCCAUCUAAAGACACUCUUAGAUGGGGGAACCUGGGGGGCAGGGGAGUGAAGAUGUGGGAACAGGCCAACCUCUGCUCUGGAAGAUCAAAAGCAGGAAGCACGUGGCUGGGUAGAAAGGAUCCUGGAUACAAAGCCAGGAAAUCUGCAUUUAGUUCAGAUCUUGUCUCCCGUGUGUGUGAUCUUGAGCCAUUCACUUUCCGAUCUGAGUGCGAGCUUCCUCCUCUAUCUAAUGAUGGGGAAGGGUAUUUAAGGUUCUUUCUGGCUCAGCCAAUCUAUGGUUGUAACUAUCCAUCUCCCCUCCGCCAAGAACUCUGAGGUCAAUGGGAGAGAAAGCUUAGAGGGAAACACUGACACUCCCCAUUGUCUGCGCAGGUAGCUCCAGAGACAGAAGGCAAGAAGUCUGCUUACCCUGGGGAUCAUGUGUGGGAGGACGACUGCAAGUGUGGAAGGGGGAGGAGCAGGCUGCUUGUUAUCUUGUCGAUCACAGCAAUAAGGGUGAUUUGUGGUCAGUGUUCCUGGACUCUGCAUUCCGUGUUAGGUGACCGUAGGGUUAUCGUGUGGGCUUGCGCCUGGUACCCGGCACAUGUCUUUAAUGUACUCAGGGCCUCAAGCAGAGCAGGACGAUGUGACUGCCAGCUUUCAUUCAGCCCCAAAGACCCAAAUACAUCAAAUCACCCUCUUCUCCUAUUAGCAAAGCGGGCAGAGCUGGAAAGAGUUAGGACAUGUCCCACCGCACACUGUAUGUGCCCUGUGGAGGGUGCCCAUUUACUGAAACCCAGUCUCUCUUACACACACAGGGAAGGGAAACUCACAGUAUUGUUCCUCUCUUUGCAACCCCACUCUACCGGCUCCUUUCUCAGUUGCAAAUGCAUUUGCUCUUCUCUCUGUGGGUUCAGUUCCAUGUUUUCUCCUCCCUCCUGAAUUGUUACAGUCAAUAGAGGGCUAUGUUUGGAGACAAA